AUGAUUUUGGAAUAUAUAAUCGCGGCCGCAAGCUUGGCACGAGCGUGCAGUGAAUAUAUCAACUCCUUUGUCCAAGGCUCUAUAUACAAUUUCUUCAUGGAGGACAUCGCUAAGUGGAAUGUUCCAGCGCUCGGCAGUUUUCCUGAUUUCCUGGCCAUGGCUUUGGCGUUAGUCAUUUCGUGUAUAGUGUCUUUAGGUGCACUAAAGUCCUCACUGUUUAACAAGGUCAUGACGUUUAUAAAUCUUUCUGUCAUCAUUUUCAUUAUUUGCGUUGGCUUAUACUUUGUUGAAGGAAAAACCUGGCAGGCAUUUGCCCCUUACGGAGUGAAUGGAGUUCUAAAAGCCGCUGGAAGUUGCUUUUAUGCCUUUGUGGGCUUUGACGUCAUUGCUACAGCGAGCGAAGAGGCGUUAAACCCCAAGCGUUCAAUACCAUUAUCGAUCAUCCUAACAAUUGUGAUCAGUUUUCUUGCCUAUUUUGGAGUCGCCACAGUUCUCACUCUCAUGAUACCUUAUAAUCAGCUCAGUCAGUUUGCACCUCUGGCUCAAGCCUUUACCCAACGAGGAUUCAGCGCCGCAAAGUAUGUCGUGGCAAUUGGAGGGCUCUGCGCAACUAUGAGUAGUCUGCUGACCGCCACAUUUUCAGUCCCACGUAUCUUGUACUCUAUGGCUACUGAUGGCUUGCUGUAUAACUGGUUUGCGCAUGUGCACGAUACCACAAUGGUACCUGUUCGGGCAGCUUUGGCUAGUGGAGUUUUGAUUGCAUCCUUGGCAUUACUACUGGACCUCAAACAGCUGGUAAGAUUUAUUUCUGCUUUUUAUUUAUUUAUUUUUUUCUUCACCACUAAGAGAAAAGUGUUUGUUUAAAAUCCUGUCUUAACAUGUAAGAGCAUCAUUGAUCGAAUUUCGAGCUACUCACUCGGUUUCAACACAUGCCCUUCGGUAACAUGGUCUUAUUGAAAUCCAUGCUUUAUCGUUUCCUUUAGGUUGAGAUGUUGUCCAUUGGCACGUUAAUGGCUUACACUAUGGUAGUAAUUGCUGUUCUCGUCACGAGAUAUACUCCUGGUGUUGAAAGUGUAACUUUGGAAAACGACGGAAGCGACAAGACAACCAAAACGUGGAUGAAGACGCUCUGUUGUAGCUCAGACGAAACAGAUGAUAGGGCGGAUAUUAGCUACAGACAGGUGCAAAACAUCGACGAAGAAACCAGGAGCAGUAAAGAGGAACCAGACGAGAAAACAAGCACUCGCGCUCGCGUUGGUGUGUUCACACUGACUUUAUCCAUAACGGCAUUCUUAAUUUGUCUGACUCGUACUUAUUCAUACUUAGGCCGAGCAGAGGCCUGGGCAAUUCUUCUUUGCUGUAUUUUUGGCUUACCGAUUGUCGCCUCUUUGAUGUAUAUUAUCAGACAGCCAAAAAAUUCCGCUACGUUUCCGUUCACCGUCCCGGGAGUGCCAUUCGUUCCAGCCAUUGCAAUAUUCUUCAAUGUUCUACUAAUAGUAAACUUGAAUCCUUGGACAUACAUCCGUUUUAGUGUGUGGACGGCUCUAGGUGAGUUAUUGCCCACUGAAAAGGUUGGGGGUGGGGGUGGGGGACGGGUGACGCCCGGAUAGUUGACGGCUGCCAUGCUUAAGGGGAGGCUCAAGUUCAAACCCCGAAAGGGUCACUGACCAUGGACUUAAUAGGCUACUUCCGAGUUCCAAAAGUCCUCACUUUCAAAAUGAUGCCAAGCGCACAACCUUUCUUGUGAAAAUAAGUUUUAUUUGCAUGAGAAUGAAAUCUCAUUUUCAUCAGUCAAAGGCUGAGCACUUGACCUCGUCUUGAUACAGAGGCCCGGGGAAAUCGAAAAUGGCCUACUGGCUAUCUUUGAAAUUAGCGGACAAUUCUUGCCAGGACCCCUGGGACAAACAGCAGCGGCGGAAAGCCGGAUCUUGGUGUAGAUCAGGAUAACACUUAAAACUGCAGGCAUGGCUGAUCAGACAGCUAAGGAUUGGUAAUUUAUUUGCCCAAUACUUCGACAAGACAAAACUAGUAAAUACUGUGACCCUUUAUUCUAUUCUCACUUAGCUUUUCAAGCCCUUGAUGAAGACUAGUUUUGUCUAGUAGAAAAAUUGGGCAAAUAAAUUACCAAUCAUUAGCUGUCCGAUCAGCCUUGCCUUCAAUUAAUUUUCAGUAUCUUUUAAAUCCCGACCCAGUUCAAAGCUCUAGUCUGCUUCACAGCUGUUUUGACUUAAAGAACGGCUGUGGAGCAGACUACAAGAACUCCGACUUUUCUCCCUUGGUCGUGCUCUGAUUUAGUAAUUCAUAAGGAUGCAAAUAAGCACACAGACACGGCUGUUAAAAAAGGUAGGGAACGUUUCAUCGGUGUGGGUGUGAUCUACCUGAAUCGGCUAUCAUUUCAUGUAUCAUCAAGAGACUAUAAAGGGGACAGAGAGGGCAUCCCCCAUAUACACCCUAUUCCAUAGGUAAUUCGUCUCGAGUUAUUUUUAACACCUCAGAUCUCAAGGGGGAUUAGACAACAGCCAAUCACAUAGCGCGAAUGUGUUCCGCGUGGAUGGCCCACGCUGAGAGCCACGCGUCCUUCACGAAAUGACGCAGAACAAAAUGGGGGAAGACGCGGAGAGCGAUUUUGCUAUUCCUUUUCUCGACGAAAACGACUACAGCGAGAUUUCUGCGAAAGCUGUGUCAGCGAAACCGAAAUUAAAAAAGAAUCGCCCUUCCUCUCUUGUAUAGAGCUAACAGUAGAGCAGGGAAAUCCUUAACACACUUAAUAUUCUCUCAGGAUCAUUUAUAAUUUACAGUUUGAAGAGAGCAAUUUCUGGUUGAUGUUUAUUUUUUUGUCUUUAUAGCGAUUAUUCCUACCCACUUACUUUGUCAAUUGUAGGCGAACCCUCCUAAAGCUGAAUUUCAAGGGACCAUAUUCAAGCUCAGAAAGAGAAAUAAAAUUUCGUCGUUGCUUAUUUACGUCCUCCAUAAAACGCAAAAUUAGGCAUUUUCACGUCGUAGUCGUGCAAAAACGGGAAAGAAAUGAACAAAAAAGUGUGUUGCACGUGCGAAGUUGUUGUUUUGCUAAUUAAACCUAUUGUUUUUUUGACGUUCUAGUUGUCAUCCGCGUCGUUGGAUCUUUAACUCCCUAAAUUGUACAAACGACCGGUUUCAAUAGACCGGCGAAAUUUCUCAUUUUAUUAAAGCACUGAGGUUACAAUAACUUCGAGUUAAACUGAUUUCACGGGUUGUCAAAGAGUCCAGCGAUUCCUUUUUCCCAGGUGAGCGCCGACUCAUUUCGCUUCAAUAUUCAGGGAUGCUCUCGAUCUUUUUACGCUUUCAUUGCCUCUCGCCCGACAUGUUUUGCACGGCGUUUGGUCAUGCGAAAUCUCCACGAAACAUCCACGCCUCGCGCGAGGUAACUUUAUCCCGAUUCUAAAAAUAGCUCGAGACGAAUUACCUGUGGAAUAGGGUGUAUAUGGGGGAUGCCAUCUCUGUCCCCUUUACAGUCUCUUGGUAUCAUACACAUAGGCGUACGGAAAAUUUUUUGCCAGGGGGGGCGGUAAACCAUUUGCCCAAAAAAAUCUCGCAAGUUGCCCAAUUUUUACGAAAGAGUCGAAAAGAAAUGAGGGCCAUAUUGCAACAACAUAGGCCGUCCUGGCAUAUGAAGGUGGUUCGAUACAGUUUUCCAGGGGCAAUACCAAGUCUGAGCAUAAACUACGUCGCCAUAAACAAACAUUUGGAAAAAUUGCGACCACAGUUGUAUUAAGAUGAAAAUUUGUCAUCAUCAGGGUUGCAAUGACAUCGGAGUUAUCAUAGCAACGAAAUAGCUCCAUGAUUCUCUGCACGGGAACCUUACAAAAUCGUUCACAGGAGCUUUUUUCUCCAAUACGGUCGCCUCGAUGUUCGUGAAGUUUGAGCAAAACCUUAAGAGCGUUUUCGAGAUAUUUUGGAAUGAAGGUUUUAUUAUUAGAAAUACGGAAAGAAAAGGAAAAUCUUGAUUUUUGGCCGUUAUCUGUAGAAAACGAAUCGCUUUUGACCUGCAAUUUCACCUCAUAGUAGUCUUAAUCGUUUUAAAAACAUGUGUGAAAGAUCGUGGAGAUAGCUCUGCUUGAUUGCUAGAUUCGAAAGAAGGAUUUGAUUAGUAUGUAUCGAGACACUCUUGUUAGCGGUUCACAGUGUAAACAUUUUGGUCUACUUUAACAAAUUAUCGAAUAAUUUAAACCGCUCGAUAGAUUUUUUGAAAGAAUUAAGAUUCUUCUCGUAAUUCAGACUGAGAAUUAGUCAGCCACUUCUUCAUUUUCAGACCCAUUGUAGCCCGCGUAGCAAGCGUUUCCAGUCGAACUCGCCCGGAAACGCUUGCUAUGCAGGCUAUACCCAUUGCUAAAUGCUAUCUGCCAUACACUGUUCUUCGAAUGGAGAUGAUUCUAAAAAGUUAUGCGAAAGUUUAUUUUAAUCAAUUCACAACUGGAAAUAGCCCAUUCCAGCUAGUGCAGUACAGUAUAGUGACCAACCAAAAAUAGCUGCAAAUAUGUAAAUUACUCAUCACAUGCUAGGCAACCACUGUAAUGUAACUGGAUUAUUACGCCGACUUCAGGUUAAUAUUCAGGUCUUUAAAAUAAUUAAAUAAACAUGGAGACGUCUUUAAGAACUGGCUUUGCCCAAAUUUUCUCUCGCUGCCCAAAAAAUCUGAGUUGCCCAAAAUUUGGGGGGGCUGCAGCCCCCCUCGCCCCCCCGGCCCGUACGCCUAUGAUCAUACAUGCCACAGAUAGCCUAAGAAAACAGCCGACAUCUCGCCACGCCACCAACGGUUUUCUCGCGAAAAGACGUCUGAGAAACGAGCGCAGAAAUUCCAUACUGAUGACGCGUCACUACCCAGAUCUGGGUAGUGUUUCUGACUGGUUGAAACAAAUUUGCCACCCGGCAAAACCAAUCACAAGCACUACCCAAAUCUGGGUAGUAACAAGUCAUCAGUAUGGAAUUUCUUCGCUCGCUUCUCAGGCGAUCCAUGGGAAGGUUUGGUUCAGUACGCUUAGACCCCUUUUAUGUGGAGAAAACUCGCCCUGGGUAUAGAACGUUCCUCGCCUACCCGAGAUUUCUUAUGCAAGCCAACUUUUCCUACAUUUUCUUACAAAACAUGGUGAACCGUUUGCGUGAGAAACAAAAAAGUUUGCUUGGCUAGAAGGGUGACCCUUCCAUACUAGCCGAGCCGCCCCUUUUCGAUGGAAGGGUCAUCCUCCUAGCCGGGCUAACUUUUCUUCACAUAAAUUAUUAAAACACUUUGGCUCGCUUAGGGCCUGUUUACAUGUGGGGGACCCCAGACAGGUGAAGUAACAUACAGCGGGUCAUCCCACCUAUCUUGUAAACGUGAUCAAAUUAAAAUGAGAGAUUAUAUGGACAGGCGGGUUACUCCACCUAAGUGGGUUACCUCACCUUCCUGGGGUCCCCCAACCUCCAUGUAAACAGGCCCUAAGCCGGGUCAACCCGGUUAAGGCAAGGCAAUCACAGCAUGCGCGAGGGCUCUUAACACGGGAGUCAACAACAAUUCCUUUAAGCGUUCAUGAAAUGGUAGCAGCGUUGCAGUUAGAAUGUCUAAAAUAUGCUAAUAAUCUUCAUGCUCUUUAAUCGUUUCAGGACUCCUUGUAUACUUUGGUUAUGGUUAUAAACACAGUGUGGAAGGUAUGAGGCAAAGAGAAAUAACGCAAACACAACUCAUAAUUUCACAAACGGAAAAUUUUGGCAAAGAAGUUGAAGAAUAUCCUUUGGCUUCUGAAUAACAGAGGACAAGAAAAACACGAUAAAACAGGAAUGACUAUGGUUAUUAUAAUUAUUGUAACUAACAAGGUGUAAAGGCGUAAAAAAUGCGUCACACCUGUGAUUCUGAAUUAAAAGAACGUUUGACUUUGCGGCUUUACGUCUUAUUUAUAC